CUAUGCACCUGAAUUCUGAGGUGGUAAGAUAGCACUCAACUCGUUCAAUUAAAUAUCGACGAAAGCUACGGUGAUGGAGCAAAGAUAGAAUUGGUGAAAUUGAAGUGGAUUGUUUGCGUUCAACAUGGACCGAAUUAAGAAGGUUAUUCAUUUCAUCGUUUUGUGGUUUAUUUUGAUAACUCGAUGCCAGUCGUGGGAGUUGCUUGGAAACGAUACUUUGGUUUCGAAUCAGACGGAUGUGGAAGUUCCUCAAACUGAUUCGUCAAAAGUGCUGUCUAGGAAAAAAAGAUUUAUAGUUUUCCCCGAAGGUUCGAGUUUUUCAGUUGCUGUUUGCAUGACGGUUGGAGUUAUCGGAAAUCCAAACUAUAACAUGUUCAGUUGGGCGGUGAACUGGGGUAUAGCAUACAAUUUACCCAAUCAGACGAUUAGUUUUCAGCAAGAGAUGCAGGAACCGAAACCGUUGGCGCAGAGGAGAUAUCGUCGGGACUUGUACCACAAACUGGAAGUGGCAAUGACUGACAUGGGUUACAAUGGGCGGGAAUGCAUUUUGCGGGCACUGUGUGAAAGUUCACAAUAUUUCGGCAAGAAGGGAUCCAACAUGAUUGCAGAGAUGCUUCGAACGUUGUUCAGCUUCCCCAAGUCAAAGGUUCUUUCAUUCGAACACAGCGACAACAGAAUCUACGAUGAGGCGCACAGGAAAGGGAAGAACAAGGUGGUCUGUCAGUCGCUUUAUCCCGCAUGUCAAUUUUCGCUGCUCGAAUUGGCACUUGGGAAGUAUUCUAGCCCAUAUAGUUUCAUGUGAUUAUAUAUAUGUAGAUUUAGAUUGUAGAUUUGCAGAUAAUAAUUGGGUGUAUGGCAUCACAGCUAUUCGUAAACUAGAGUUUUUAAUUGAAUUCCAUAACUAUUUCGGUGAAAAUUUUUAAAUGUCAUAAACAAUGCCCUCGACUUUAAUUAUAAUAAGUUUCUGAUCUAAACAUCUGCUGUACAUUUAGGAUGAAGAAAACAAUGCAUGAAGAGAUUUAACAGGAUGGAAUAAAAUAGAAUGUACAAUAAAGACUGAAUGAAGAUGCGAACAAAGACAAUAUAAGCAUUGGAGAAAGUAUAGAGAAAAAUGAUAAUUAUGUAG